GACAGACGAACUUGGACUUCCCAGGCUUGAAUACAUUUCUGUUGUGUGAAAUGCCCAGUCCUUGGUAUGUGGUUACAAAAUGCUGAGCUCCCAGUCAGCGGGCAGAGUCAUGCAGGCAAGCCUGUCCGCACCCCCCACGGGAACCGGGAGACCCCUCACUGCAGAUCCUCCGCCUGUGUCAUUCAGCAACAGGAACCAGACACCCUCCCUGUCAGUGAUGCUGCUGCUGCUGCUGGCCCUGCUGUGGACAGGGUCCCUGGCUCAGGAUGGAAGAUACAACCUAACAGUACAGGGGUCUGUGACGGUGCAGGAGGGCCUGUGUGUCUCUGUGCCCUGCUCAUUCCACCACUGGAAGUUCCACUGGAUCCCAGCAACUACAGCUGCUCCCUGGACAUCAGAGAUGCACAGAGAAGAGACACAGGGACAUACUUCUUCAGGGUGGAGAGAGGGCACUUUGUGAAACACAGUUACAAAGAGAACCAGCUCACUGUACGUGUGACGGCUCUCAAUCACACACCUGCCAUCCUGAUCCCAGGAACCAUGGAGUGUGGCCACCCCAUUAACCUGACAUGCUCUGUGCCCUGGGCCUGUGAGCGGGGCACACACCCACUCUUCUCUUGGACAUCAGCUGCUCACACCUCCCUGGGGUCCAGGACCCACCUGUCCUCUGUGCUCACUCUCACCCCAUGGCCUCGGGACCAUGGGACCAACCUCACCUGUCAGGUGAGGUUUCCUGCAGUGGGAGUGACUGUGGAGAGAACCAUCCAGCUCAACGUCACCUGUGCCCCCCAGAACCCAGCAAUUGGUGUCUUCGAGGGAGACGGCCCAGGGAAAUCAGGGCCCAGGGCAGUGGUGGUGCUGGUGGCCAUUGUGGAAGCAGCUGCUAAGACCCUGCUCCUCCUUCUCUGCCUUAUUGUCCUCAUAGUCAGGUACCACAGGAGGAAGGUGACAAGGCUCACAAGGGGCAUGAAAGAUACAAACACAGAAUCAGGUUAAUGUCCCAGCCUCUUUAGUAGUGUGACUGAACCCCUACCGUGUGCAGUGUUAUAAACACCGGAGAUGCGACAUGAACUCAGCACCAAAAUCCAUUUCAUCCAGAAGCUGUCCUCCUGGAGACAAGAGGAUAGAAUUUAACUGACUGAAGACACUAGAGCACUGAGCCACAGAAGGGAGGAUGUAUGAUUCAGGGACCAGAGAGGGGUUUUGAGGGGUUGUUCAUUCUGAGAAGUCACCUCAUGACCACCAGGGGACAUCAGCAAGAGAGCUGGUGUGAACAAUGGACAUGAGGAAGUGGUCAGGACUAGAGAUGUGGGCACAGGUGUCAGUGUGAGAGGGUGGCAGUGGUGAGGGAGCACAGGCUCUGGCGGCCCACAGAGAAGAGAAGACACAAGGAAAACACGUCAUCACUGGCUCUCAGUGGUUUGUGGGAAAGGUGUGAAGAUGUGAUUGGAGCAGGAUCAAGAAGGAAUUGGAGGAGGGGAUAUUGGAUCCCAGGGUCCAGACCCCUGAGAAGUUUGUCUGCAAAGAGCAACAGAGGAGUGGGUCUGGAGAAGGAGGUCUUUUUUUGGUUCCUUCUCCGUUUUUUUCCCAGAGGUGCCCUGUGAAUUUAUGCCUGUGUUACAUUCCUAAGGCCAUUUAAACAAGUUACCAUACACUCAGAGGCUUUUUUUGUAAAGUUUUAUUCUCUUGGUUCUUGGGGCCAGAAGUUCAUGCAGGAAGUAAAAUACCUUCUCAUUCUGUCCUUCUAAGUUCUUCACUAAGACCCCUGAAACAGAGAAAGACUAGGUGUAGGUGUCCAUGCUUGGGGUCAUAUUUCGUGAGACCUGGUAAAGAAAUGAGUUCUGAUGUGUGGAAAUCCAGUGGUCAGUGGGACUGAUGCCCUCACAGGCUCCAGGGGAGAGUCCACCUUUGUGAUUUCCAGGGACUGUGGCUCUCAGCCACCCUUGGUUGGUGUCCGGGUCACUGCAGCCUGUCCUCUGGACACACUGCCUCAUCCUGCUCUGUAUGCAGAAAGUCACCUGCUGUGUCUCCCUUGGAGGACACAUGUGGCUACAUUCAGGGACCAACCCUGACAAGGGAGGAUUCUCUCCAGGUCAAUAUCCUCAUCUCCGUUGCAUCUGCAAAGACCUUUUCCCUCAUCGGGUAGUGUUUGCAAGUAACACCCUGACUUUUGGUGGCUAGUAUUCACCCUCUGCACUGCCCAAGUAACCUGCUUCCCCUCAUCAAUGUCCCCUUACACCCUCCACACUUAGUUUGCCUUGUUCUCCCACAUCCAGAUGCAGUAGACGGUUACCUCAUAAGGAGCACAUGUCUGGGGGAAGAGGAGCUUGCUGUUCUACAAAAGCCACUCUUAAGAGAGUUAAAGGAAAAGUUAUAGACUUGGAGAAAAAUAUCUAUAAUAUAGACUUCAUGAACGACUUGAAUUCAGAAUAUAUCCAAGAUAUUCAUGUGAAGCAAUAAUCAAAAAAUAAACCCCACUAUAGAAAAAUAGUCAUUUACAACAACCACAAAAAAACCCAGAAAGAACCUUACUUACAAUUUGCCCAGUUAUUUGAGUAGACAUUCCUAUAAAGACAUAUAAAUGGUCAAUAAAUGCAUGUAAAUAUGUUCAAUAUUACCAAUAUAA